AUGAGCAUCCACCCAGUCAAGAUUGUGCCUUGUCUCUGUCCCUCCUUCAUCCUCCCUCUCAUCCCUCCACUCCCAUCUCUCUCCUCUCUUCUUCCUCUCUCUCAUCCCUCCACUCCCAUCUCUGUCCUCCCCUUUUCCUCUCUCUCAUCCCUCCAAUCCCAUCUCUGUCCUCCCUUCUUCCUCUCUCUCAUCCCUCCACUCCCAUCUCUGUCCUCCCUUCUUCCUCUCUCUCAUCCCUCCACUCCCAUCUCUGUCCUCUCUGUCCUCGCACCCAUCCCUGCCCUGCCUUUGUCCUCCCUCUCAACCCUUCUCACUCCCAUCUCUCUCCUCCCUUCUUCCUCUCUCUCAUCCCUCCACUCCCAUCUCUGUCCUCCCCUUUUCCUCUCUCUCAUCCCUCCACUCCCAUCUCUCUCCUCCCUUCUUCCUCUCUCUCAUCCCUCCACUCCCAUCUCUGUCCUCCCUUCUUCCUCUCUCUCAUCCCUCCACUCCCAUCUCUCUCCUCCCUUCUUCCUCUCUCUCAUCCCUCCACUCCCAUCUCUCUCCUCCCUUCUUCCUCUCUCUCAUCCCUCCACUCCCAUCUCUCUCCUCCCUUCUUCCUCUCUCUCAUCCCUCCACUCCCAUCUCUGUCCUCCCUUGUUCCUCUCUCUCAUCCCUCCACUCCCAUCUCUGUCCUCCCUUCUUCCUCUCUCUCAUCCCUCCACUCCCAUCUCUGUCCUCCCUUCUUCCUCUCUCUCAUCCCUCCACUCCCAUCUCUGUCCUCUCUGUCCUCGCACCCAUCCCUGCCCUGCCUUUGUCCUCCCUUUCAACCCUUCUCACUCCCAUCUCUCUCCUCCCUUCUUCCUCUCUCUCAUCCCUCCACUCACAUCUCUGUCCUCCCCCUUUCCUCUCUCUCAUCCCUCCAAUCCCAUCUCUGUCCUCCCUUCUUCCUCUCUCUCAUCCCUCCACUCCCAUCUCUCUCCUCCCUUCUUCCUCUCUCUCAUCCCUCCACUCCCAUCUCUCUCCUCCCUUCUUCCUCUCUCUCAUCCCUCCACUCCCAUCUCUGUCCUCCCUUCUUCCUCUCUCUCAUCCCUCCACUCCCAUCUCUGUCCUCCCUUCUUCCUCUCUCUCAUCCCUCCACUCCCAUCUCUGUCCUCCCUGUCCUCGCACCCAUCCCUGCCCUGCCUUUGUCCUCCCUCUCAACCCUUCUCACUCCCAUCUCUCUCUCUCUCAUCCCUCCACUCCCAUCUCUGUCCUCCCUUCUUCCUCUCUCUCAUCCCUCCAAUCCCAUAUCUGUCUUCCCUUCUUCCUCUCUCUCAUCCCUCUACUCCCAUCUCUGUCCUCCCUUCUUCCUCUCUCUCAUCCCUCCACUCCCAUCUCUCUCCUCCCUUCUUCCUCUCUCUCAUCCCUCCACUCCCGUCUCUGUCCUCCCUUCUUCCUCUCUCUCAUCCCUCCACUCCCAUCUCUGUCCUCCCUUCUUCCUCUCUCUCAUCCCUCCACUCCCAUCUCUCUCCUCCCUUCUUCCUCUCUCUCAUCCCUCCACUCCCAUCUCUGUCCUCCCUUCUUCCUCUCUCUCAUCCCUCCACUCCCAUCUCUCUCCUCCCUUCUUCCUCUCUCUCAUCCCUCCACUCCCAUCUCUGUCCUCCCUUCUUCCUCUCUCACAUCCCUCCACUCCCAUCUCUCUCCUCCCUUCUUCCUCUCUCUCAUCCCUCCACUCCCAUCUCUGUCCUCCCUUCUUCCUCUCUCUCAUCCCUCCACUCCCAUCUCUGUCCUCCCUUCUUCCUCUCUCUCAUCCCUCCACUCCCAUCUCUGUCCUCUCUGUCCUCGCACCCAUCCCUGCCCUGCCUUUGUCCUCCCUCUCAACCCUUCUCACUCCCAUCUCUCUCCUCCCUUCUUCCUCUCUCUCAUCCCUCCACUCCCAUCUCUGUCCUCCCUUCUUCCUCUCUCUCAUCCCUCCAAUCCCAUCUCUGUCUUCCCUUCUUCCUCUCUCUCAUCCCUCCACUCCCAUCUCUGUCCUCCCUUCUUCCUCUCUCUCAUCCCUCCACUCCCAUCUCUCUCCUCCCUUCUUCCUCUCUCUCAUCCCUCCACUCCCGUCUCUGUCCUCCCUUCUUCCUCUCUCUCAUCCCUCCACUCCCAUCUCUGUCCUCCCUUCUUCCUCUCUCUCAUCCCUCCACUCCCAUCUCUCUCCUCCCUUCUUCCUCUCUCUCAUCCCUCCACUCCCAUCUCUGUUCUCCCUUCUUCCUCUCUCUCAUCCCUCCACUCCCAUCUCUCUCCUCCCUUCUUCCUCUCUCUCAUCCCUCCACUCCCAUCUCUCUCCUCCCUUCUUCCUCUCUCUCAUCCCUCCACUCCCAUCUCUGUCCUCCCUUCUUCCUCUCUCUCAUCCCUCCACUCCCAUCUCUCUCCUCCCUUCUUCCUCUCUCUCAUCCCUCCACUCCCAUCUCUCUCCUCCCUUCUUCCUCUCUCUCAUCCCUCCACUCCCAUCUCUCUCCUCCCUUCUUCCUCUCUCUCAUCCCUCCACUCCCAUCUCUGUCCUCCCUUCUUCCUCUCUCUCAUCCCUCCACUCCCAUCUCUCUCCUCCCUUCUUCCUCUCUCUCAUCCCUCCACUCCCAUCUCUGUCCUCCCUUCUUCCUCUCUCUCAUCCCUCCACUCCCAUCUCUGUCCUCUCUGUCCUCGCACCCAUCCCUGCCCUGCCUUUGUCCUCCCUCUCAACCCUUUUCACUCCCAUCUCUCUCCUCCCUUCUUCCUCUCUCUCAUCCCUCCACUCCCAUCUCUGUCCUCCCCUUUUCCUCUCUCUCAUCCCUCCAAUCCCAUCUCUGUCCUCCCUUCUUCCUCUCUCUCAUCCCUCCACUCCCAUCUCUCUCCUCCCUUCUUCCUCUCUCUCAUCCCUCCACUCCCAUCUCUCUCCUCCCUUCUUCCUCUCUCUCAUCCCUCCACUCCCAUCUCUGUCCUCCCUUCUUCCUCUCUCUCAUCCCUCCACUCCCAUCUCUGUCCUCCCUUCUUCCUCUCUCUCAUCCCUCCACUCCCAUCUCUGUCCUCUCUGUCCUCGCACCCAUCCCUGCCCUGCCUUUGUCCUCCCUCUCAACCCUUCUCACUCCCAUCUCUCUCCUCCCUUCUUCCUCUCUCUCAUCCCUCCACUCCCAUCUCUGUCCUCCCUUCUUCCUCUCUCUCAUCCCUCCAAUCCCAUCUCUGUCUUCCCUUCUUCCUCUCUCUCAUCCCUCCACUCCCAUCUCUGUCCUCCCUUCUUCCUCUCUCUCAUCCCUCCACUCUCAUCUCUCUCCUCCCUUCUUCCUCUCUCUCAUCCCUCCACUCCCGUCUCUGUCCUCCCUUCUUCCUCUCUCUCAUCCCUCCACUCCCAUCUCUGUCCUCCCUUCUUCCUCUCUCUCAUCCCUCCACUCCCAUCUCUCUCCUCCCUUCUUCCUCUCUCUCAUCCCUCCACUCCCAUCUCUGUCCUCCCUUCUUCCUCUCUCUCAUCCCUCCACUCCCAUCUCUCUCCUCCCUUCUUCCUCUCUCUCAUCCCUCCACUCCCAUCUCUGUCCUCCCUUCUUCCUCUCUCUCAUCCCUCCACUCCCAUCUCUCUCCUCCCUUCUUCCUCUCUCUCAUCCCUCCACUCCCAUCUCUGUCCUCCCUUCUUCCUCUCUCUCAUCCCUCCACUCCCAUCUCUGUCCUCCCUUCUUCCUCUCUCUCAUCCCUCCAUUCCCAUCUCUGUCCUCCCUUCUUCCUCUCUCUCAUCCCUCCACUCCCAUCUCUGUCCUCUCUGUCCUUGCACCCAUCCCUGCCCUCCCUUUGUCCUCCCUCUCAACCCUUCUCACUCCCAUCUCUCUCCUCCCUUUCUCCUCCCUCUCGUCUCUUGUCAGAUUGAUUCCAAUGUUGAAGGAUGUGUUUGGCGAAUUUCAAGCAUCCGUAUUCAACAUCGGCAAGGUGCACGGCCUUGUGCAUUUGGUCGAUGACAUUCGACGCUCCAGUGUCCCCGUUCACUACAACGCCAACAUGUUUGAGUUUUUUCACCAACCUCUCGUAAAGAGGGCAUACCGUGCAAGCAACAAACGUGAUGCUAUGCCUCAAAUCGUGAAGCAUAGUGUCAUGGCACGAAUGCUGCAAGCUCUUGAUGACUCGGACCACAACAAGGAGGAUUCGCACCAUCGAAUGGUCGCCCUACAAAAGGUAGAUGAUGCACGGUAUAACAUAGUCCUCUAA